AUGGCUGUCCAGAGCAAGCCAAUCCCAGCGCUUUAUGUUGUCUACGUGCUGCGCUCGACCGUGCGCCAUGGCUCCAUCUACAUCGGUUCGACGCCAAACCCACCGCGCCGGUUGAACCAGCACAAUGGGCUGGCCAAAGGUGGUGCUGUUCGGACGGCCAAGAAGAACCUGCGCCCAUGGGAGAUGGUGGCCGUCGUCUCGGGGUUCCCGAGCAUGGUGGGGGCGCUGAAGUUUGAAUGGGCUCUGAAUAACCCGCACGUAUCCCUACACAUUGCGCCCGAGGACCGCCUCACCAUCUCUACGCAGCGCAAGCGCAAUAACCAGCCAAGGCGGCCUCCGCAUAAUUUAACAUCUGUCCUUUCGAACCUGCACCUCCUGCUCCGCGUCCCGAGCUUCUCCCGCUGGCCUCUCAAGCUGCACUUUUUUGACCGCCAAGUCUUUACCAAGUGGAACAAGUACUGCUCGUCGCCAGAUGUAGAGACGUUGCGGGAGACGAUUGAGGUAGGGGACGAGGAUGCGGAGGACUCAGCCUCUGAGGCGGAAAGCGAGGAUACGACUAAGCCGGCCGGGCCAAGCUGGGGAAUUCACGCCCUCCCUCUGGACCAUUCCACCUUAACCCCUUACCUAGAAAAGGGCCAAGAUAUUUCUGUGUUUGAGCGUGAGGGGAACUGCGUGGUUUGUCACCAGCAUCUAGACCACGACAAGGGGAUCUACGCCAUCUGUUCGCAGAUGCAAUGUGAGGGUGUGGGCCAUCUGGACUGCUGGAGUCGACACCUCCUGCACCAGCAGAGAGAGGACGUGGACAGCACCGUGUUGCUGCCAGUGGAGGGCCGAUGCCCGAAGUGUGACGGAGUAGUCAGGUGGGGUGAUAUGAUGAGAGAGUUGACGCUCCGGAACAGGGGGCAGAAGGUUGUCGACAAGAUCUUGAAGAGGAGCAGAAAGGCUGCUCAAGUGAAGAAGCCCAAG